CUGGGAGCACUUUGGGCACCUCGGCAGCACGGAGCAGCUGUGCGGCACAGCGGGAACCGCCCUUCUGCCCCGCAUAUUGCAUCCCUUGGGAUUGUGGUCUCUUAAGCCGUGUCUGUGCAGGCAGUGGUAACCUGGGUGGCCACCCCCCAGGCAGGUAGCUGGUUGUAGGGGAGCAGUUGGCCCUUUAGAAACAAUGUGGGUGUCCCAGAGUGGUCUAGUGCAGGGAGCCUGGAGUGGUAGCACUGGUGAAGGGUGGUACAGGUGGUACAUAGAUAGCAGAAACUCCAGACUGCAGCCUGUGCCUUUCCCACAUCCACUCUGUUUGAGCCAGCCUGAGAAGAGAAACUUAAGAGAGUUCCCUGUUUGUUUUCAUUCCAGCAAAUGCAAAUCCCUCUUGGAUAGCUCUCAGCCUGACACAGUUGCCUUGUACUUUAACAGUUGAACUGGAGGUGCCUCCUCCAGUGGCCUUGCAAGGGGAUGGAGGCUUGAGUCACCCUCAGCACAGUCUGAGAGGCAGCUGCUGCUGCUUUGCUGUACCUUUUGCUGACCCUAACUGGUGCCUCAGCUGAUCUUGUCCUUGAUGCAGUUUGGCCUCUGGGUUCAAACACCUCUGCUGCUGUUUCUGGUGUUUGAAGUACUCCUCCCACCUCUGUCCUUUCUCGUUUCGUUCUCCUUGCCGUACUACCUAGGAAGCCUUUAGUUGUGUCAUAAGCAUUAACAUCUGUUUUGAGGUUUGUCAUGAUUCCAUAACCUUCAGUUUCUUCUGAAAAGGCUCUCUUUCCCAUUGCCUCUGCCAUCCUUUCCUUUGCUUCCAUUGCGAUUCUAUCGUCCUCUGUUUGAAAGAGUUCAUAGAUACAGAAUUUGCAGUUUUGCAGAUGCUUUGCCAAAUACAGCCUCUGUGCCGUGCUGCAAGACGUCACCAUCAGCCCCCUCAUCUUGACUCACUCUGGCUGUGAGUCGUGCUGGGCAGUGUCUAAAUGCGUCCUGCUUGUGUGAGAGGCCCUCCGUAGCGCCAGUAAUGCCCACGUCUCUGAGCUGGCCGCUGCUGUUCUGUUCGUGAAAUCCUCUGCUCUGCCAAGGCCAAAGGUUUCGGUUCUCUCUCCAGCUGCUCCGCUUAGAAUUAGCAGUGACAUUAAAAACUAGUACAAACGUACAACAGUUUUUAAGAACUGUUAGAAUGGCAAUAGGAUGGGAGGAACUGAGCAGUAGGGCAAAGAGUGACUCUCAAAGCUUUGCAGGGCACCACCUCUGCUAGCUGUCAUGGGAGGUGUGGCUGUGUGACAUCUCAGGGUUCGGAGUGCAGGUGAGGUGUCCCUGCAGUGGGUGACUGUUCAGGCAGACUUUGUGACAGUGGUGAUAUGAGCUCGGAUGGGACAGCCUGAGUUGUGCUUACCUUAGCACUUCGCUACCUUAACUGGUAAUUUCCCUUCAUUCUCCAGCAAAAGUAUAUUUCUAAUCACAUUCUAAGGGUUGCUCAACCCCACUCCUGAGUGACACAGCUUUUACUUUGUCUUAUUUUUAGAACCUUUCUGUUAGGAAAUAAAAUUCAUUGCUUCCUUUGCAGGAGCACCUAGGGAUUCUGAAAGGAAGAGGUCCAGGUAUCAGCAGAGUCCCUGCUGGGGCUUUACGUUCUUUGGAGAUAACAGGCAGGGCAGAACAGGAGUGAUGGUGGGUUAAGAGCACAGCUUCCAAGUUAAACUCAAAUAAUUUCCAGAUUUCUGGACUCCCUGCCCAGCAAUCAAUGCAUCAUAAUGGGCUUCUGUCCAAAAGUUAUCUUGAAGAAUAUUGUUCAGGGUGCAAAGUCAAGUGCUGCAUUGUUAAGGAAUGUCCUUGUACCCCAGUUCAACUUGUUUUGGAUAUGUGCUCAAAGUGUAAUGACUAAUUUUGCAAUUGUAUACUACUUACCCCCAGGAGCCCAGCCAUGGGUACUGCACAGCAGAAGUGGUGCUGCUCUUGAGGUUUUUUCUGUUCCUUUUUCUAAGUUGUAUUCUUUUAGUCUGUCUACAAAAAAUGGCAAGAGAGACAACCGUGCACCUUGGGGUGAGAGAAGGCAGGACUCGGUAACAGGGUCUGUAAGGUGUGUGCAGCCACUCCGUACAGAAUUUGGGGAAACCCUUGUCACCUAAGCUGGUGUUCUGGUCUUUGCAUGCUUAGGUCCCCAGUGCCAGAGAUUAAAUAUCCAUCAUAGUCGUCUUGCUCACAUGUUGUGGCAAGGUGCUCUGCUUUGCAUUAAAAAUUGAUGCUGUGUUCUAGUUUCCAGAUUACUUUCAUUUGCUUGCCUUCUGGUCCAGCACAAGCCCCUCUUUCUUCCUCCCCACACCACACUUACCCCCCACAAACACCACCAGUCUGCCUUCAGCCACGUCCUGAAAUGGAGCCAGUGAGAACACUGACAGCCAGAGCCCAGCUGGAGAGAAGCAGUGGUUUCAGUGACUUGUGUGCCUUAGGCACUGAUCCGCCUUCAUACCCUGCGCAAUGGAGGCUGGCUCCGUGGUACGGGCAGUCUUUGAUUUCUGUCCCAGUGUCUCUGAAGAGCUGCCCCUCUUCGUGGGAGAUGUCAUCGAAGUGUUGGCCGUGGUGGACGAGUUCUGGCUCCUUGGCAAGAAGGAAGGUGUCACAGGGCAGUUUCCUAGCAGCUUUAUUGAACCUGUGGAUAUUCCUCCUUUGAAGCAGGGAGAAAAACUGCUUGUUUGUACCAAUGACUUCACAUCUCAAGAGCCAGGGAGCUUAUCCUUGCAGAGAGGAGACCUGGUGAUCCUGGGGGGGUCCCUGGCCUCCAGCUGGCUCCAGGGCCGGAGCAGCUGGGGUUCCAAGGGCUUUUUCCCCUCAUCAUGUGUGCGGGAGCUGUGCCUUUCAGUUCGGAGACGUCAGCUGUCCCAGAGCACUCUCCUGGAGGUGCCUGCCUACUCACUGGGCCAAGCUCAGGCCCUGAUGGACCUGUCUGCUCAGCUAGAAGAGGAACUGGACUUCAGGGAAGGGGAUGUAAUCAAUAUUGUUGGUGUCCCAGAGCCUGGCUGGUUUGAAGGUGAGCUCAGAGGCUGCAGGGGCAUUUUUCCAGAGGGUUUUGUGGAACUGCUUACUCCUCUGCGAGCACCAGGAACCUCAGUGGAUCCAGAGCCCACUGGGACUUGUGACACCAAUGGGACAGUGGAGAUGGCCCCCAAGGAGGACGAGGAGCCAGGGAACACUUACGGUGUUGCCCUCUAUCAGUUCCAAGCCCUGGAGUCCAAAGAACUGGAUUUUGAUGUGGGUGACAGGAUUCGGAUUGUUGGCGUUCUGGAGGAUGGCUGGCUGGAGGGGGAACUGAGAGGAAAACGUGGCAUCUUUCCACACAGAUUCGUGAGGCUGGAAGCCUCUGAGGCUUGCAGGGUAAAAGUGUGUGCUGGGGAUCUGCAAGGUGGAGAGAGCUGUGGAUUGUCCAUCCAUCAAGACCCAGAAAACACCUGCUUUGAAGCUCUUCCUUUGGUAGGGAAAGAUGGCAGGGAAAAGGAAGAGGGCUUGGCUGCACACCCUGAGCCUACCACCAUUUUGUCUCACAAGGUGGGGAGGUCAGAGGGUCCUCUUGCAACUGACUUGAGAGAGCAUCAGGCCUUUCCCAGCACAGGACACCAAGGGCUACAUCCCAAAGGCCCCGUGGACUCUCUCCCCUCUGCCUCCAUGAAGACCGUCAAUGGCCUUCUCCUUUCUGCUCAGCUGCCUCCUCCACAGGGCAACAGGCCUGGCCAAGCAGGUGAGUUGGAGCCUGGGGGGACCAUUUCAGCAUCCCCAGGAAAAUCAGAAUGUCACACUCUGCUCGAGCACGAUGGAGACAAUCCCGCUGUGCCCUUGCAGACUUCCCACGUCCCCCAAGAUCCUUACAGGAGCCAGGCAAUUUCAUCUUCUAACAGCUGGGCAGCAUCCCAGCCCCAGGAGAUCCAGAGCAGCACCCAGGAUCUAGACAAUUGGAUGGACAGUCAACAGGAGAAGUCCAAGCCCUGUUCCUCCAGCUCAGGAGCUGCCCAGGUGGGCCUGGACACAUGGGCUGGGAGCUGGGGGGAGUGCUGCCCACUUGCAGUGCAGGGGGACAGCUGCACAGACCUUGACUCCAAACUGACGGAGCAGCUGGCACAGUUUGAGAAGAGUCUGUCAAGUACCAGUGCUGAGCAGAACAAGGUCUCCCGUCAUUUCUCUAUCUUGGACUACAGCUCUGAGAAGGACAUUGUCCGUGGGUCUCCUGUGUCCGUCCCCCACUCCAGGCAGACAGAGAGGAGGAGGGCCCUGAGGCCACCCCCUCCUCGGCCCAGCAGCCUUGCGACAACCCCUGUGCACAUGCUGGGUGGCCAAACGUCCAAAGGCAGGUCUCUGUCCUUCUCGGUCAAGCCCUCCCGGCCUGCACCCCGGCCUCCAUCAGGCAACCAGCGGAAAAAUGUGGCCCCUGCACAGCUUCAGCCCAGCACCCCAGAGCAGCGGGUGGAGGAGGGACGUGAGGACUUGACACAGGCAGGAUCAGCUUCCCCCUGCUCCAUUCUGCUGACUAGGAUUGGAGAGGUAGAGCGAGACUUGGAAGCUUAUGGCAAGACCCGUGCUGAGCUAAGCCUGAUGCUGGAGGAGCAGCAGGAUGAGCUGGUGAGAGCAGAGACCAUGGAAAACCUUGAAUUCUGUGAUUCCAACAUUGAGAGCCUCAGCAUGGAGCUGCAGGAGCUGAGAGAGAUGACUCUCCUGUCCUCCCAGACACCAUCCCUGGAGACAUCCUCGGCUGCCACUGAGAGCGCAGAGCAAAGGAUGCUGGAGAAGAGGUCCAAGGUUAUCGAGGAACUGCUCCAGACAGAGCGAGACUAUAUCAGAGACCUAGAGAUGUGCGUGGAGAGAAUCAUGGUGCCCCUGCAGCAGGCACAGAUGCAGAACAUAGACUUUGAGGCCCUUUUUGGAAACAUCCACAUGGUGAUUAGCUUCUCCAAGCAGCUGCUGUCCACCUUGGAGGCUUCAGAUGCCAUUGGGCCGGUGUUCCUGGCACAGCGUGCAGAGCUGGAGAGUGUCUACAGGGUAUAUUGCCAGAACCAUGAUGAGGCCAUUGCACUGCUGGAAACCUAUGAGAAGGAUGAGAAGAUGCAGAAACUACUCCUGGACCUAUUGGAUAGCCUCAGGAGCCUGUACAGUGAGUGGGGCUGCACAAACUACAUUAACCUGGGCUCCUUCCUCAUCAAGCCAGUGCAAAGGGUGAUGCGGUACCCACUGCUGCUGAUGGAGCUGCUGAGUGCUACUCCCGAGGCUCAUCCUGAUAAGGCACCACUCACAGCUGCUGUCCUUGCAGUCAAAGAAAUCAACGUCAACAUCAAUGAAUACAAGCGCCGGAAGGACCUGGUGCUAAAGUACAGGAAGGGGGAUGAGGAUAGCCUCAUGGAGAAGAUCUCCAAGCUCAACUUCCACUCUAUCAUCAAGAAAUCCAACCGUGUGAGCAGCCACCUCAAGCAUCUCACAGGCUUUGCACCCCAGCUGAAGGAUGAAGCCUUUGAAGAAAUGGAGAAAAAUUUCCGGAUGCAGGAGCGUCUGAUCAAGUCCUUCAUCCGAGACCUUUCCCUCUACCUGCAGCAUGUCCGGGAGUCUGCUUGUAUGAAGGCACUGGCAGCAGGGAGCAUGUGGGACUUGUGCACAGAGAAGGCGAGUGGGGACUUGGACCAGUUCCAGAAAGUGAAUCGUCUCAUCAGUGACCAACUCUUCUCCAACUUUAAAGAGCGGACGGAGCGGCUGGUGAGCUCACCCCUGAACCAGCUGCUGAGCAUGUUUGCAGGGCCCCACAAGCUGGUGCAGAAACGGUUUGACAAACUACUUGACUUCCACAACUGCACGGAGAAAGCGGAGAAGCUGAAGGACAAGCGAACCCUGGAGGAGCUGCAGUCAGCCCGCAACAACUACGAGGCACUCAAUGCCCAGCUGCUGGAUGAGCUGCCCAAGUUCCUGCGCUUCGCCAAGGAGCUGUUUGCCAGCUGCGUGCGGGGCUACGCCGAGGCACACUGUGACUUCGUGCGCCUGGCCCUGGAGGAGCUGAGACCCCUGCUGUCGUUGCUAAAGGUGUCUGGCAGGGAGGGGAACCUUAUUGCCGUCUUCCAGGAUGAGCACAGUCGAGUCCUCCAGCAGCUCCAGGCCUUCACCUUCUUCCCAGAGUCCCAGGCAGCUCCCAAGAAGACUUUUGAAAGGAAGAGCAUGGAGCGGCAGUCUGCCCGGCGGCAGCCCCUUGGCGGCUUGCCGACCUACCUCCUGCAGACGGAUGACGUCCGAGCUGCCCUCCUGGCCCGCUAUCCUCCAGAGAGUCUCUUCCAGGCAGAGCGCAAUUUCAAUGCUGCCCAGGACCUGGAUGUCUCACUGCUGGAAGGAGACAUUGUGGGUGUCAUCAAGAAAAAGGACCCCAUGGGCAGCCAGAAUCGCUGGCUCAUAGACAAUGGGGUGACGAAAGGCUUUGUGUACAGCUCCUUUCUGAAGCCCUACAACCCACGCCGCAGUCAGUCGGACGUCUCUGUGGGCAGCCACUCUUCCAACGAGUCGGAGCACAGCAACUCCUCUCCCCACAGCAACGCCACACUGACCUUCAGCCCCAGCGGGGCAGCCGUCACCUUCACUCAGAAACCCCUGCAGGACUCUGCCUCCCCAGCAGACACAUACCAGUCUGGGCAGCCCCCAUUGGAGAUGGACUCCCCCUCUCUGCCCCAGCUUGGGUGCGGUGACAGGACAGGCCCACUGGAGGCUGGUACAGUGAUGUCUCAGUGCCGCUACAGCCGCCUCGAGCUGGGCUGCAGCCCCAGCUCUCGCAACGGGCACCCCACCAAAGCGCAUCUCAGGCCCACGCCCUCAGUGGAGGACAGAGACUCUGGAUUGGAGAGCAGCGAGUCAGAGGGCAACCAGGUCUAUUACGCUCUCUACACCUUCAAAGGCCGAAACACUAAUGAGCUGAGUGUGUCAGCUAACCAAAGACUCAAGAUCCUGCAGUUUGAGGACAUAACAGGCAAUCAGGAGUGGUGGCUGGCCGAGGCACACGGGAAGCAGGGCUAUGUGCCCUCGAGUUACAUCCGGAAGACAGAGUACACGUGAGGCGGCAGGCAGGAGCCUGCACCCCAUGCCUUGUUCCUGCCAGGACUGCUGGGGGUCUUGGGGAGGCUGGCCAGCUUUGCAGCCCUCACUGCUUGCCCCAAGACUGUGCAGUGCUAUUGGGCCCCAACACACUGGCUGCCACCUCCCCAUCAAGGGAGGAAGAAUGGUGAGCUGGCCAGGUAGGCAGGACAGGCAGCUUGUGCGAGGGCAGGGGUGAGUUCACCUGUGCUGUUUGAGCCUCCUGUGUGCAGCCAGGGGCAGGGGAGCAAGGCUUGGGGCUGUGGUCUGCCCAGGAGGGUAAGGCUCGACUAAAGCUGAGGAGCUGCUGUGGGUUUAAAUUGUGGAAGACUGAUGCCAAGUUUCUGGAGACUGUGUUUAGUCAAGUAGUAUUAAAAGCAGCCCAGACUUCACCAACAUGCUCUCUGUGCCUUGUGAGCAGCAGCAGUAGGAGCUGGGUUUUGUCUGUCUGUGCAGGACCCAGGGUGGGACAUCUACACCUGCCUGGGGAAGCAGCUCUGAGGUUUGCUGGGAGUAGCUGAGCUCCAGGGCUGGGAUGGGCCUGGCCUCUGAAAUUCCCACAACAAAGCCCCCAGCAGGUGCCUUAUCCCUGUGCUUGGCCUUCCAGGGGCUCAGCCUCUCCAAGCUCUGCUGCUACCAGCAGCCAUCAGGUUCUCAUCUCAGGUGAGCCAGAAGUCCAGAACACCAUCUUGCCUUGUCAGUGCAUUUCCCAUGCAUUUCCCAUGCCCAAGACCCAUCUUUUUACUGACAAGCCUACCUGGCAGCUCUGGGCUGGGGCAGGGCAGAAGGCAAAGCACAAAUUGUCUUCCAGUUUGAUUUUUUGGGGGGCUUUGACCAGAAUUGCCUCACCUGUGCCUUCUUUCAGGGCACUGGAGACAGUGCUGAUGUUCUGGAAGGGCAGGAGCGUCCCUGGGAGGGAUGUGUUGCCUUUUGGUGGGUUGGUGUGUGAUACCUGCUGCUGCCAUGCCCAGAAGGGAAGAAGCUCUCUUCAUGUGGCAAUGUUUGUAUCCCCUGUACUGCUGCUCUGUAAAUAAAGAUUUGCCCUUGUGUA